AGAUUCCGCGCGCCGGCCUCUCUCCCGCCCGCCCGCCGCCGCCGCCGCGAUCGCCCCUUCCAGGCCUUCAGUCCGUCCGCUGGGGGCGCGCGCAGUGCGUGGCAGGCGGCGCCGGCGGCUGGGAGCGCGGGGCGCGUGGCGGUGCGUGGUUGCUAGGGGCGUCUGAGGCCGCCCGCUCGCCCAGCAGGCGGAGGGAGGAAGCCGCGCGGAGCCGGCGGCGAGCGGAGCCCAGGCGAAGCGGAGUCGACUAGGCUGACGGAUUUCAAGGAUGCAGCUGCUACUCCUGGAGGUGCGGGGCACCUUCUCCAAUUUGGGCCACGAGGCCAUGUGGCCAUGAUGGGGCCCCUCAUGGCCUCAGCGAGAACAGAGCACUACAAUAUUGGCCUCCACCGGGGAAACAGCUUAAAGCAGAGCGGCCCCUCAGACACGGCGCCUGCCCCGCCACCACCGGAGAAAGCCUCUGAGGGCAGAGCCUGGGCUCAGGCCCAUCAGCAGGUGAAGCCAAUCUGGAAGCUGGAGAGAAAGCACGUAGGGACGCUUUCAGCAGGGUUGGGCCCCAGCCUCUUGGGUGUCCCAUCCCAGCCAGCCUAUUUCUUUUGCCCGGGCACUCUGUGUAGCUCGGGGCACUCAGCUGUCAUCGCAGGCCACGGCAGCUCCUGCUACCUGCGCUCCCUCCCAGACUUGUUCAGCAGCACGCUGCUGUACCGCCGCUCCAGCCACAGGCACAAACCCUACCAGCAGCUGGAGUCUUUCUGCUUGCGCUCAAGCCUGCCGGAGAAAACACCUUUUUCUCUCCCUCACAAGGGCCUCCCUGUCAGACUCACUGCCAAUAAGGCCCCUUCUUUCACGGUGUCCCCCAUGGCCCAGCCCAUGGCGUCCUCAUCCACAGAUCGGUACCUCUCACUGGGAGCGGCUGGGGAGAACCCUUCGGGGAAGUGCCUGGCUGCUGCCAUCUCAGGGAAGAUCCCAUCUCCACUCUCCUCCUCCUACAAGCCCAUGCUAAAUAACAACUCCUUCAUGCGGCCAAAUAGCACUAAAGUGCCUUUAUCGCAGGCCACAGAGGGCCUGAAGCCCGUAUCCUCACCCAAGAUCCAUCUUGUUUCCUGGCAUCAUUCAGGGGGCACCGGAGACUGUGCACUCCAGCCUGUCGAACACAAGGUACCCAAGAGCAAUGGCGCUAUCCUAGAUGAUGCCCUUGCCCCUGGCACCCUCUCUGCCCCUAGCUCCUUAGACACUUUGACCACCAGUGUUGCCUCUCCUCAGUAUAACCGGAGUAACUUAGCCACAAGAGCAGAGCCACAUCCUUGUGGCCUGGAUGGCAACUUUGUUUCUCAGGCUCUGACCAGGGAGGUUAGGUUCACUGAGGCGGUGAGGAAAUUGACCGCAAGAGGCUUUGAGAAGAAGCCAAGGCAAGGCUGCCAGUUGGAACAAUCUCGUUUCAUGAACCCCAGCUUGCAGUGUGAGCUCCUCAACAGGAACCGGCAGUGGAAACCUCCCACCGUAGGCCAGCAGUUCCCCCAGGAGGAUGCUGGGGCAAACAGUAGGACCCUGCUCAGCCCCUCGGACACCCUGGAGCUGGACGGUACAGUCUUCUGUACCAAACGCAUCAGCAUUCACCUCCUUGCCUCACAUGCCAGCACGCUCAGCUGCAGCCCUGCCUGUGGAUCUGCCAUUGACUCCCCACCACCUGGAGAAAACAAAACUCCCGAGCCACCUGCUCCUCCUCAGCCCCUGGGUGUAGCUGAUGUGGCCACCCGCCUCUCUUCCAUCCACUUGGGCCAACUUGGGAAGGAGGGGCCUACGGAAGCCAGAGGGCCGGACUUCCCUGCCAGGGAUAUCGGUUCAGCUGCAGACCUCCAGCCAGACCUGGGUGAGGCUGAAGAUCUAGAAGAAGAGCUAGUAGAUGGUUUGGAGGACUGCUGUAGCCAUGAUGAAAAUGAAGAGGAGGAAGGAGACUCUGAGUGCUCUUCGUUCAGUGCUGUCUCCACUGGUGAGUCAGUAGCAGUGAUCUCUCGGAGCUGUGCAGAGAUUCUGACCAAACCCCUCUCCAGUGAGAAAGUGGUCCGACCAGCGCUCAUCUACAGCCUCUUUCCCAACGUGCCCCCUACCAUCUAUUUUGGCACCCGGGAUGAGAGAGUGGAGAAACUUCCCUGGGAGCAGAGGAAGCUGCUCCGGUGGAAGAUGAGCACAGUGACUCCCAACAUUGUCAAGCAGACCAUUGGACGGUCCCACUUCAAAAUCAGCAAGAGAAAUGACGACUGGCUGGGCUGCUGGGGUCACCAUAUGAAGUCUCCUAGUUUCCGAUCCAUUCGGGAGCAUCAGAAGCUAAACCACUUCCCAGGUUCCUUCCAGAUUGGACGAAAGGACCGACUGUGGCGGAACCUGUCUCGCAUGCAGAGCCGCUUUGGCAAGAAGGAGUUCAGCUUCUUCCCCCAGUCCUUCAUCCUGCCCCAGGAUGCCAAGCUCCUGCGCAAAGCCUGGGAGAGCGGCAGCCGCCAGAAGUGGAUUGUUAAGCCUCCAGCGUCAGCCCGGGGCAUUGGCAUCCAGGUCAUUCACAAGUGGAGUCAGCUCCCCAAGCGAAGGCCCCUCCUGGUACAGAGGUAUCUACACAAACCCUACCUCAUCAGUGGCAGCAAGUUCGAUCUGCGAAUCUAUGUUUACGUCACCUCCUAUGAUCCCCUCCGGAUUUACCUCUUUUCAGAUGGACUCGUCCGCUUUGCCAGUUGCAAGUAUUCCCCUUCCAUGAAGAGCCUCAGCAACAAGUUCAUGCACCUGACCAACUACAGUGUCAAUAAAAAGAAUGCCGAGUACCAGGCCAAUGCAGAUGAAACGGCCUGCCAGGGCCACAAAUGGGCGCUGAAGGCUUUGUGGAACUACCUGAGCCAGAAGGGAGUCAAUAGUGAUGCCAUCUGGGAGAAGAUAAAGGACGUUGUUGUCAAAACCAUCAUCUCGUCAGAGCCCUAUGUGACCAGCCUACUGAAGAUGUACGUGCGGCGGCCAUACAGCUGCCAUGAGCUCUUUGGCUUUGACAUCAUGCUGGACGAGAACCUCAAGCCCUGGGUCCUGGAAGUCAACAUUUCCCCGAGCCUCCACUCCAACUCUCCGCUGGACAUCAGCAUCAAAGGCCAGAUGAUCCGUGACCUUCUGAACCUGGCAGGCUUUGUUCUGCCCACCGCAGAGGAUAUCGUUUCCAGCUCUGGCAGCUCCAGCAGCUCCAGUGCCAGCUUGCCCAGCUCCCCCAAGGAUAAAUGUCGAAUGGCUCCGGAGCAUUUCACCGCACAGAAGAUGAAGAAGGCCUAUUAUCUGACCCAGAAAAUUCCCGAUCAGGACUUCUAUGCAUCUGUGCUGGAUGUCCUGACACCAGAUGAUGUUCGGAUUCUGGUUGAGAUGGAGGAUGAGUUUUCUCGCCGUGGUCAAUUUGAACGAAUUUUUCCUUCUCGAAUCUCUUCUCGCUAUCUCCGCUUUUUUGAGCAGCCACGAUACUUCAACAUUCUCACCACCCAAUGGGAACAGAAGUACCAUGGCAACAAGCUCAAAGGAGUAGAUCUGCUUCGGAGUUGGUGCUACAAAGGGUUCCACACAGGAGCCAUCUGUGAUUCUGCUCCAAUGUGGUCUCUCCCAGCAUCACUUCUGACCAUCCCAAAGGGUGACGUGGGACUCAGCGCUUUCCCCAAACUAGAGAGUGGCAAGCUGGGAAAACACAGCUUCUCCGAGGGAAGCAUACCACUCUGUGAAGAUGGGACCAUGCCUAAGCCCAAGAAGACCCAAGCUGGCCUUUGUCCUGUUCCCGGGAAACCCAGUUCUUCCAAGGACAGUGAGGACAUCAGCAAAGAGCCCAGCCUCUCUACCCAGAUGUUACCUCUGUUGAAGUACUCUGGGCAGACUUCGAGACUCUCUGCUUCCCCCACCUCCCAGUCAACCGGUGACUCACUCCUGGCUGCUGUGAGCCCAUGACUGGCCUCUCUCCACUAGCCCCUGCCUAGGAGCACCGGUGUUAGCUACCUCAUGGGAACUGGCCGGCCGGCCAGCCAGCCUGAGCCCCCGGUCCCUUCCUCAAAGUAUUUUUUUGAAGUGGUUGAAUUGCAGAAAUGGGUAUCUAGAGGGCUGGAGGGGUGGUGGGAAUGGGGAGAAGGUGAGGAAGGUUCACUGGCUGGUACCUCAUAUCUCUGCAGAGAAGCCACUAAUGGCCACUCAGCCUUAUAAAGCAGGGUUUGGUUUCUAACUUCAGAAAGCCGUGUGUGGUUUGUUUUAGACCUUGGUGCAGUGAUUGAGUUACAGCUCUGGAGGAGAAGACGCAAUGAACACAUUUGGGCCUGAAGUCCUUUGUCUGUAAUUGAGGAGGUCCCUCCAAAGGUCCUCCUCUCCUCCAUCAUCACCCUCAGUCCCCGUGUCCCAAACCUCCUGUUCUGAGGAACCACUUUGAGAAACUUCAGAUUUCUUCAGGAGACAGGCAGGGAGGGAGAGGCCAGACAUGAUCAACCCAUUUCCUAUCAUACCAGUCUUCAGGGAUUCACUUCUUUCAUAUACCCAGCAGUCAACAGUCCUGAGUCUUCUUUUUCUGACCUCACAUCACUACCUGUUCAGCCUUCUAGACUUCUCUCUCAUGGAUGUUAGUUCUUAGUGCUCUGUGAGGUGAGAGGUCUUGUGAGCUCUGCAAAUUUCCUGUGGCCCCAUUGAAGGAGCCCAGAUAAUCCCAGUUGCUGUUGUCUCUGCUCAUACAACGAAGGACACCAUCCAGGGGGAAGUGACAGGAGCUGUGAUUUCCCCACAACAUGGAGGAAGUUUCAGGUUCUGCUUACUCUUGUCACUGUCUGAUGAGCGGGGUCUGGCUCACAGGUCUGAUGGCAUGGCAGGUGGAUUUCAGGAGCAGUCACCACUGUAGGAUGGCUUUCCAGUCAGACUGCUGACAAAAUUCUUUGUGCUUUUAACUGAAUCUACCUCCCUCCCCAAGACUCAGUAAAAUGGUGACCAUUCGAUAGAUGUUGACGGAGUGAAGCAUGCUUACAAAGAACACAAACACCCAAACCAGAAAUUCUCCUCUCCCGGGGCACGGUGGGGUCCAGGGGAAGUAUAAGGUGUGAUCGGGAAGGUAGUUUUCACUUGAACUGUGCUCCCCUCAACCCAGCACUUCUGGGUAGCUGCUACCUCCCUCCCCAGGCCUGAGGUUUCUUUACUCUCAUUUUCUAGCAGUGGUGCCCAGUAAGAAGGCACCUGGCCCCGGGCUCUCUGCCUUCAUUCUCUCGAAGUUUUGGAAAGAUAACUACCCUGCUUUGUGGCUCCUAGAGUUCUAAGUGGAGAGUUGGGAUAGAGCCAUAGAAAAGUCACUGAGAGGCCUGGCUGGGUUCAAGGCCACCCAGUGAUGGCUACACUGGCCAGUCUGAGGGCCAUGUUGACAAUUGUGACGAAAGCUUUGUGGCAAAGUCCUGGGGCAACACAUGCUGCUCGGCGGCAAGGAUUUCAAAGUCAGGCCCAGCAACAGAGGCCCUGGGAGUCUGGUUAAAUCCAUUUGGGUAGAAAUGACUCCAACUCCCCCAUCCUACCUGCAUGCAGUACUCUAGAGCAAUGUCAAAACAAACCUUGUGACAAGGGCAGAUGCGGUCUUCCUAAGAAAGCUGGCCACCUGCUUGAGUACUUUUGUGAUGUCUGGUCUGGUGCAAGGGCUUCAGUGUGGAGGCCUGGCCAAGCUGCUUUACUUCUUGGAAAGCAACUUCAGUUCUUUGGCCCGCCAUCUGAGAAUCCCCAGACAGCAUCCAUGCAAUGAGAGGGGCCCGGCAUUGUGGCAGCAUGGAAUGGCGGGUGAGAGGUGGACUUAGUAAGUUAAAUGAGUAAUGAAAAUAAGUGUCCUUAGUAGUUUAAAGCAUGUGUAUACAGACAUUUUUAAUUUCCAUCACAUCACAUCAUAUCUGAAGGUGUGUUUUGCCAGAUGGGAGAAAGGAAUGGGUCUUAUAUGCCCCCUUCAUCCUUGAGAGAAAAUUGAAUCUUGCUUAAGCAUUCAGCAUACAUGUUUAGCAAUGAAAACCCACAGUAUAAGGUAUUCAGCUAAAUAAGGGCUUUAGGGGAAGUAACGAAAUUUUUUUUUUAAGUUUAAUUUUGGAGCUAUAGUAAACAUCAGAAUGUAUCCACUAUUUUUCUAAAUUGGCAACUUACACCCAGGCAAGUGUUCCUGAGCCAAAGAAUGAAAUACAGGGUAUUUCUGGGUCAGUGGAGUAGGGAUCCAGGGGAAUGGGGGUAUGGAAGGUGGUCACUAUUCCCAUUCACUUCAGAUUCACUCAGGAUUGAUAGAAAACUGUUUUUAGAAUGAACACUAAUGAAGAGGUGGCAUUGUGAUAGGAAGAGAGCAUGGACCUUGUAGUUUGACCCUGGGUUCUAAUCUCAGAUCUGCUGUGUGACCUUCGGCAUGUUAUCUAACUUUUUAAAGUCAGGGUUGGUUUUUUAAAGAUUUUAUUUAUCUAGCUAUUUAUUUAUUUAUUUGAGCACACGCAUGAGCAGUGGGGAGGGCAGGGGGCAGAGGGAGAGAAUGUCAAGCAGACUCCAUGCUGAGCAUGAAUCCUGAUGCAGGGCUCAGUUCCACAAACCUGAGGUCACAACCCAAGCUGAAACCAAGAGUCAGACACCCAACUGAUUGGGCCACCCAAGCAUCCCUAAAGUCAGGUGCUUUUAAUAAUUUGAAAAUAAUACCUACAUGCCAGGACUGUGAAAAUUAAGCAAGACAUAGUAAAAGUACUUAGGUUGUAAAGGGACUUAAUACAUGGUUACUCCUCUCUCCAUUUGCUGCUCAAGCCCCGCUCCUUGGCUAAGGGAAGGCAGGCAAGAAAUGUAAAGCCCUUUCCACAGGGAAGUGAAGCAGCUGAGACGUGUUAGGGGUGAGGAAUGCCAGAACAGGCUUUAUAUACCUCAUCACCCUCCCACCCUGCACAAACACCACCAGCAUUAAUCAUUCUGCUGUUUUGCUCUUCACUGGGCAUUUCUUUGAUUAAUAUUUUAGAGAAUACAAAUUUUCUGGGACAGGAAACACAUUAAGCAUUUUAAGUAUGUGAAUUGAAUGAAAUUCUUCAGUCCUAUCCCAAGAGAAACCUCAAUAAAAACAAGGGAGUGAAAGGGACCUGGUGGCAGGAAAGGGGGAGGAGCAGGGCAGGUACAGAAAGGAGACCUUGAGCUAGGGCCAAGGGACAUGCAGACCCAACAGCUGUGCCGAGGGACAGCUGUUACAGGUGCAUUCUUAAGAUUCUAGGCUGUUCGUUGAGGGUGGUUAUCCCUAUCACCAUAGCCAAACAGCACACCCAGAGGUCCCCUGGGACCAUCCAGCACUGGGCCAGUGAAAGAGGUGGACAAUCCAGCGCAUGGUAGGUAAUUCCAUGUCCCUGUCAGCUGAAUUAGUUACACAAAUAAGGGUCACUAAAGGCAGCCAGGGGACCUCCCCUUCCUGUUUCCUCUGGAUUUGUCCUUUAAGACAUAUGAUUCAGCUGUGUACUUACUGAUUGAAUCCCCCAACUGCUUUGAGACUUUUCAGAGAUGUGUAGCCGAGGCACCUCUAUUUCAUGCCACUUGUGAUUCUGAUCCAGCUUCUCAAACCUUGGCCUUUGGACCCCACCCCUACCCCCACCUGAGCGGAGUUUGCAUCCUUGUUAAUGUCCAGGGAUCAAUAGAUGCUCUUUUGACAUGACCUUUCAUCAGCUUUGGAGCAAUGAAAACUGCAAGCAGUCUUACAUUGCUCUUGGCAGAUUUCUCACAUAGAUGAAAGAAUACAAGAAGGAUCAAUAGUUUUCUAAAACUUAUUUGCGCCUUUAUUAUAAUGGAUUAGGACACAGAAUGCUAGGGACUGUCACUGGAAAAGCUAACACAAUGAAAAGCUCUUCUAUGUAAAACAUUAGACAGUGUCUGAUAACAGUGCAGGUUUAUUUUUUUUUUUUAAGAUUUGUUUAUUCAUGAUAGACAUAGAGAGGGAGAGGCAGAGACACAGGCAGAGGGAGAAGCAGGCUCCAUGCCAGGAGCCCAAUGCGGGAUCCCGGGACUCCAGGAUCGCGCCCUGGGCCAAAGGCAGGCGCUAAACCGCUGAGCCACCCAGGGAUCCCCCAUAGUGCAGAUUUAAAAUAGAUUCUGGGGCUCCCAGCUGGCUCAGAAGAGCAUGUGACUUGAUCUCAGGGUCGUGAAUUCAAACCCCAAGUUGGGCGUAGAGAUUACUUAAAACUUUAAAAAAAUAGAUUCUAAAAUAACACCACCAAAAGGAUUUUUUCCAUCAAGUAAUAGUAACCAAGCACGUUACUAUUUCAAUAGUUCUUUUUUUAAAAUUUUUAUUUAUUUAUGAUAGUCGCACACAGAGAGAGAGAGGCAGAGACACAGGCAGAGGGAGAAGCAGGCUCCAUGCAUUGGGAGCCCGACGUGGGACUCGAUCCCGGGUCUCCAGGAUCGCGCCCUGGGCCAAAGGCAGGCGCUAAACCGCUGUGCCACCCAGGGAUCCCCUAUUUCAAUAGUUCUACAAAACUGUUACAACAGCAUUUUGCUAUUAUAAAACUAACCAAAUCUCCUUUAAUACUAUUUGUGAGAUACAAAACCUCAUGAUUUCAUCAAGAUAAUUAACUUAGAAAGAUUGGAUUUAACAUUCGUUGUCAGGAAAUUGCAUUUAAAACUAUAAAGAUGCAAGUUCAGAGAUUUAGUGUAUAUGCUUGAAUGAGGAUCCAGUGAGGGCAAAGUUACCAUCUGUAGGAUUGUGACUGACCCUUUAGGUCAGAAUGUUAUUGAGGCUAAACGAUAGGGCAGCAUGACUGGGCCUCCACCCAUUCUCACAGGUGCCUGCUGCCUGAGCGGAGAGCCGCUCCUCCAGAGACACGAAGGAAGGAGCUGCCUCCUUGCAUGCCAUGCGAGGCACAUUCAAGGAGAACCUGGUGUUACACUUUUUGUAGAGGGCCUGUUUCUGGGUCUGGGUUGCUAAGUAGCUGAGCAGUAGCCUCACUGGGAUCUGUUGAAAGUCAGCCCUUGACAUAAGCGGGUAGGGGUGGCGUGGGAAAGGAGCAAAACAAAAGAAAGCCAAAAUACAAGAAAAACCGCAAGGAGACACCACGUACAUAGUGGGAUGGCUCAAAUGAAAAAGGCUGAAAAUACCCUGUGUCAGCAGCUGGAAUGCGCACAUUGCCGGUGGGAAUGGUACAUUGGAAAACAGCCUGGUAGGUUCUUGUAAAGUGAAACCUACUCUUCAACAUAUGACCCAGCAGUUCACUCUUGCAUGCAAACGUUCAUAGCAGCUUUAUUCAUAGUAGCAAACACUUGGAAACAACCCAAAUAUCCAACAACUACUGAAUAAAUUGUGAUACAUCUAUUCAAUACUACUUCGAUAUUAAAAAAGGAAUAAGCUGGUGUGCCUGGGUGGCUCAGUCGGUUAAGUGUCCAACUCUUGACUUUGGCUCAGUUUGUGAUGUCAGGGUCGUGACAUCAAGCCUUGCGUUGGCACCACGCUGGGCGUGGAUCAUGCUUAGGAUUCUCUCUCUCCCUCUGCCUCCCCCAGUCCCCCACCCCAGCAUGCACAUUCACGUUUCUCUCUCUCUCUCUCUCUCUCUCUCUCUCUCUC